UGACACCUUAUCUUUAUCUGCAAAAAUGCCUUGUGCUGCAUCUGCACGUUUUCUUCCUCCGCUUUACGCUCCUCGCUCUUCCUGUGUCACCAGAACAGAGCUAACGACCCCGAAAUCGCUGGGACUUCACCCCGCAAUUCUGCAAAAGUUUUGUUCCAAAGGCUCAAUUCUGACGUGCAGGGCGGUCCGUUCGGCUUCUUCUUCCAUCACAGAGCUCGACCUCUAUGAUCUUCUGGGCAUCGAUAGCUGCUCUGAUCAGUCUCAGAUAAAGCUCGCUUACCGCUCUCUUCAGAAGCAGUGCCACCCUGACAUCGCCGGCCCCCCCGGCCAUCAAAUGGCUAUCAUUCUUAAUGAAGCUUAUGCCGUGCUUUCUGACCCCAGUUCACGUCUGGCCUAUGACAAGGAGCAGAAAAAGAUUGCAGAGUUCAAGGGUUUCACAGGAAGGCCCCUGUACUCGGUUUGGUUUGGAUCACAAAGCGAGCAGCGAGCAAUAUUCGUGGACGAAAUAAAAUGUGUUGGUUGCUUAAAAUGUGCUCUGUUAGCUGAGAAGACGUUUGCAAUUGAAUCAGUUUAUGGUAGAGCCAGGGUUGUGGGACAGUGGGCUGAUCCUGAAGAGAAAAUCCAAGAGGCAGUAGAUUCUUGUCCUGUCAAUUGCAUUUCAGUUGUUGAAAGGUCCAACCUUGCAGCUCUGGAGUUCUUGAUGUCGAAGCAGCCACGAGGCAAUGUGAGAGUUGGAGCAGGCAACACAGUCGGUGCUCGUGUGUCUAACAUAUUUACAGAAGUGCAGAAAUUCCAAACCAGAUUCCAUCAAGCAAGGGAAAAGACUUCUAUCAAGUUUUCUAAGGUAAUGGACCCUCAGAGAGAAGCAAGAAUGUCAGCAAUUCAGGCAAUAAGAUCAAUAUCUAACUGGCUAUACUGGCAAUCGCCUGUUACAAGUGGGGCGUCAUCAGAACCUGACAAGAGUCUCACACGCAUUGUAUAUAGAUUACCUGAACCAAACAUCGACAAGCUUCGAGAUGCUGCUGCAAGGAAACAACUCAGGGAAAGCAAAAGGACCAAUUGCGAGAGUCCUGAGGAGUAUUGGGUUCCAUCAGCUCAUGCCCUUCCGUCUUCAACUGAGAAUACUGCUACUCCAAGGUCAGCUGCAAAGCCUUCUUCAUCUAUUCGGGGAGAGCUAGAAGCAAAUGACAAGGAGUCUGGAAUAUGUGAGGAUCAAGAUAACCCAAUCAGAUGGGCAUUCCCAAUGGUCACUGCCAUGAUUGCUGUAGCUACAGUUCGAUUGCAUGGUGGAGGAUCAGUUCAUGAACUGAAUCAACAUGCUGGAGGCUCUCUAGCACUGGAUAUUGUUAACAGUCCUUGGCUACAGUGCAUGCUUGCUGCAGCUACAUGGUAUAUGAUUGGAUUAGCGAUAAUAGAUCUUGUAGCUAUCCUCGGCAAUAAAAAAUAGAUAGUAUCUCUACUAGGUGCUCGUAGAUUACUAGAUUUAAUUGGCGAAGGUAGGCAAGUAGACCAUAGAUACUAUCGAAUGUAUAAAUAACAAUAAAUACAGGUGGUGGUGUAUAAAUUUAGUUUUCAUUAAAAUAUAAUGAUACGCACAGCCUCUGCCUUCUGCAUUCUCAAAUGUUAAAACAAAAUUUAUGGCAUUUCAAA